AUGGCAAGCGUCAAUAAUAAGCCCAUUUUAAAGGCAUCAGAUAUCGCUGAUGAAUUGAGGGACAACGUGUUUGAUAUAACGUUGGAAGCUUUAGCCAAUUUCGAGAUGGAGCGGGACAUUGCAGGAUCCAUUAAGAAGCAAUUGGAUGUGAAAUAUGGAAACACUUGGCAUGUUAUCGUUGGAAAAAAUUUUGGUAGUUAUGUGACUCACGAGAAGGGUCAUUUCAUGUAUUUUUAUGUGGGGACAUUAGCUUUCCUUGUGUUUAAGACGGCUUAA